AUGGCACUUAAGCUCUAUGGUCUUGCCAUGUCCACAAAUACCACCCGUGCCAUGAUCUGUCUUCAUGAGAAAGAGGUUGAUUUUGAACUUAUUCCAGUUAAUGUGUUCACUGCAGAGCAUAAGCAACCUCCUUUUCUCUCCAAGAACCCCUUUGGUUUGGUUCCAGUACUUGAAGAUGGUGAUCUCACUCUCUUUGAGUCUAGAGCCAUUACAGCAUAUGUAGCUGAAAAAUUCAAGGAAGCAGGACCUGAUCUGAUUAGGCACAAGGAACCCAAAGAAGCCGCACUGGUGAAGGUGUGGACUGAGGUAGAGUCUCAUCACUAUGAGUCAGCUGUGUCACCCAUCAUCUAUGAAUACUUUGUGGCUCCUUUUGAAGGCAAAGAACCCAACAAGUCAGUGAUUGACACAAACGUUGAGAAGCUGAAGAAUGUGCUUGAUGUGUACGAAGCAAAGCUGAGCAGCACCAAGUACCUUGCUGGUGACUUUUAUAGCCUUGCUGAUCUUAGCCAUAUCUCAGAAACUCACUAUUUUAUGCAGACCCCUUUGGCUUCAAUGAUCAAUGAACGUCCCAGUGUGAAGGCUUGGUGGGAGGAUAUCUCUUCUAGGCCUGCUUUCAACAAGGUUGUGGGAGCCAUGACUUUUGGUCAGAGUCAGAAGUGA